CAGUGCUACACCACACUCAAUUGCGAAUACGUUGACCAGUUGAUCCAUACGAUCUCUACAAUCACAAUGUCCAGCUUUGCUCAAUUUGCCCGCAACUCUCGCAAGAUCGUUGGUAUCGGUCGCAACUACGCUGACCACAUCAAAGAACUCAACAAUGUCCGACCAACCGAGCCCUUCUUCUUCGUCAAACCCAUGUCAUCCCUCCUCUUCAAGAACCAAGGUCCUGUCCUACUCCCGCGCGGCGUAAAAGUCCACUACGAAGUCGAGCUCGCGAUCAUCAUGGGCAAGGAACUCAAGGACGUCAGGGAAUCCGAGACGGACCGGAUCUAUGAUGCCAUCGCGGGCUACGCCGUCGGUAUCGACAUGACCGCCCGUAACAUGCAAGAACAAAACAAAAAGAAGGGGCUCCCGUGGGCCGCCGCGAAGGGCUUCGACACGUUCCAGCCCAUCUCCGAUUUCAUUCCCAAAGAAAAGAUUCCUGAUCCACAUAACGCUGAGCUCUGGCUCACCGUCAACGACCAGCUCAAGCAGCAAGAUAACACGAAUCUCAUGCUUUUCCGGAUUCCUCGGUUGUUGGAGCAUAUCUCUGGUAUUAUGAAGCUCGAGCCUAACGAUAUUAUUUUGACGGGUACGCCUAAGGGUGUUGGACCGGUUGUACACGGUGAUGUGAUGAAAGCUGGCAUCAGGGUUGAUGGGAAGGAGAUUGCGGAGGGAUUAAUGGAGGUGAAGGUCGAGGACAGGCAGGGUGGAUACGAGUUUAAGCUCUGA